AUUGAUAUCUAGAUAUAUCUCGUUAUCGUUGCCGUUAACGACAAACCUUGAGCAUCACCGAGAUAUCCAGAUGCUGUAAUCAAGAACCUGUCACAUCUUCUGUGCUUACACAUUGUAUCUGGUCCAUAUCGUCCCCCAGAUUUCUGUGAACACGCCACUAUAAUUUGGUCCGGACACGAGGUUUCCUAUACUGAUCUUACCGCACACCGCAUCAUGGGUUGCGGCGGCUCCAAAUUGAAAGGAGACGACGUGCCCAACGUGAACAGCCAGCCCGUCCCUGUCAACCAACCGUUAAAGAAAGUCAACACCAAUUUCUCGACCAUCGACUACGACCAGAACGUCCAGGCUCAGCACCGACGACUAACCGAAUAUGCGCCGCACGAGACAGCCAGGGCGCCAUCGCUAAAGCACGACAUGCCCGUCUCAGCGACCGAGCAGCAACAGAACCAGGAAUCAUCAUUUGCGACAGAGACGUUCGGAGCUGAUGGUACCGGAGGCGUCGGAAGCACUCCCGCCGCUGGCUAUCCUCACGACGGGCUAGGCUCACAGGCCGGCUUGCAGAGGGGUGGUAACCCUAAUGACAACGGCGCGGCAUUGAAACCCUAUCAGACCAACGAUCCUACGGACUGGGAUAGAGACAGGGAGAACGGCCAGCUCCAAUCUCAGCGCCAUGACGCUCAUCAUCAUCCAAGCACUACUGGCAUGGGAGACCGUGAUGGCGACCGCGAUCCGACCUCAUUACGCGCAAAGGACGAGUUCGCGGAGGAAAAUGAUCCUGCCAAUCAAAGACAUGGGCACCAUGAUCUUAACGGUGACCGUGGUGUCGAUGGCGAGCAGAACCAUGACGGAGCCGCCGUCGCCGCAGACUUUGAUGACGAUGACGACGAAAACAAAAAGUCCUGGCUCGGCCAGAAGUACGCUUCGUUCCAAUCGGCUAAACAGGGCACGGGCGUCUCAGACGACGACCUGAAAACCUACACGGGCAAGGACCGGGCAGAGUUUGACGACUGGGCUGCGAAUCAGCCUGGCGUUGGUGGGCGGCAGGCUUCGGGAGUGGCAGGAUCGCAUGGAGCGUAUGUUGCGCCUUAUGCUCCGAAUUGAGGUAUACACCUGUGUCUAGCUGGAAGCGUUAAUUGACAAUCUCGGGAAAUGGAAGGAGGGGCAUGUAAUAUCAUUCUGGCCAUCGAGGGCGUACGUUUGGAAUCAUCGUCUUUACGGGAGUAAAUGAGUAUAUAUAUGGAGAUCUAGCUCAGUGGGAAAAGCACGGAUGGUUGAACAAUGCUGAC